AUGGCUCCCGACACGGGUGAAGCUCGUCGGUAUACCAGAGACGAACUGUUGUUUCUACGAGACUCACCAUUGGUUGUAAAACCUCCUGGUCUUUUGUCUUCUGCAGAAUGGAUGGGACAAACACCUGAUCCGAAUCGAAAUACCUCUGCUAGGAUACCUGAUAGGACAAGAGAUCGUGAUGCAAAUCCGCUCCUAGAACACACAAAUCGACGACCACGAAACAAUGCAAACCCCGAGACGAUUCAACUUGUGCCUACGAGAACUACCUUCUCAUCCGCCAAUCCUGCUCGUAAUGCAGGUAAAGGUAUCGAUUCUCCAGAUCGACCCGCCCUUCGCGAAAGCGAGUCGCAAAGCAAACUCAGCUAUCGUACAAAAAUCGACGACAGUGACGAUCGUUCUAGGCGUGAUAUGCUGCGACCGAAGCCUGGUGAUGGUGUCGACCAGGAAGGCUGGAUGGAGGUGAAACCUCGAAAGAGUUUUGGUACUGAGGGAGCUGAGCGUUUCACUGGGCGCAUGGGUGGAGAGAGGCACCGAGAUGAGAAGCGAUUCAAGGAUCGAGAAGAGCGCGAUCCAAAGGAAAGACCUAGAGGGUUUGAGAAUUUCUCUCGAGACAAGGAAAAGAAUCAUGAACAAGACAAUAAUCGCAGAACUGGAAACGGUCGGGGAAGAACAGAACCUACUUGGUUCCGAGAGAAUAACGAUGGGCCGCCAACUCCCCGGGAGCGAAAUACGAAUGCAGAUAGGUUUGAGAAUCGAAACAAAAGUUGGCGAGAAAAAGAGUUCGAUAAUCGUGGAGAUAAGGACAGAGGUGAUCGACGCUGGGCAGACAGGAACAGAGUUCAUGACGAUCAUAAUGGUGAUGUUCCAGCGUGGGCGGAAGACGAAGGUAUCCAAGUUGCUCCACAAGAUGACUUUCAAAAAUCGCACACAUCUACUGGCAAUAAUGAGCGCAAAUUUACAGCAGAGGAUAUGCAAAAAUGGAAAGAUGCAAUGCAUUCCAAGGAUAAACCAAUUACCAAAGGUAAUACAGUGGCGGAAGAAGCCACGCAGUCAAAGGUUGACGAACAUUCUUCUGUCUCUGGAAUACAAAAGCCUAUCUCUCUUGCGCCGCUUGAUACUGGGUUUAACGGAGAUGAAUUUUUCCGUUUGUGGGCUCAGCCAAAGAAUGACAAUGGACUCGCAUCACAGUUUGAUCUGAAUACAGAAAACAUGACAAAAUCUGCCGUGUCCGCUGCACCGGGUGGGAAAACCUCAAGGUUUAACAAAUUCUUCACUCAUGAUGAGACUUCGCAUAAAGCGGAACCACAAACAGCUAUACCCCAGCCAGCGGUCCAUAGACUUGACGGUUUGACCAACAAUAUCCAAUCCCCUGCGGAUAAAGAAGCAAUGCCAAUGAUACUUGCGAUGCUACAAUCCAGUGGAACUCCUCCUGCAAAUCCUAUGAUGCAAUCGAAACCUCCCGCACAAGAUACCCAACCAAGUACAGCUUUCGAGAGCCGCGAUUCUUCGCAACAGCGUCUUCCAGAUCGCCAUGAUGAGAUGAGGCCGGCUGCUCACCUAUAUCCUCACAAUUUACAUGACCUUAGCGCUCAACGUGAACAAGCAGGCAGUCAACCAACUGUACGUCCAGAAGAAAUGUUGAAUCAUUUGGUUAACCAGCGUCAGCAUGCUAUCAGUCAGUCUUCUUUCAGAGGUGAACAGCCUCGGUCCGAACAGACUGCGUUUCUCAUGAGCCUCAUGAGAGAAGCACAAGCAGCUCCAGAGCCUCAAAGAACAGAGCAGAUCAUCCUUGGCCAUCCACCCAGACAACAACCUAGCCGUCAACUCCAACUCCAACAACAAUUGGAGAGAGAACAGGAUUUACAAGCUCAGCGCGAACGUGGAAAUCCACAGCGUCGCCCACCUGGAUUCUUUGAUGAACCUAUUUAUCGGGGUGGACCUCCUCCACAACAUGAUAAUCCUCGGCCACAACCCACACAUAUUCUUACACGACCACCUCCAGGUCUCGAGCAAUUGCAGCAGCAAAGCUGGCCAGGACAGCCUUCCGCUCAACACCCUCCUCCUCCGCAACAGUUCCGACCAACGGCCCCUCCUGGUCUAGGCGGAAACGUCCCACGCCCGAUGCAAAUGCCUCAGCAAAUUCUCCCACCGGGCUUUCAAAUGCCUGGUAACAUGAGCAACUUUCCCCCUCCAGAGGUAAUACCGGGUCCUCGAAAUAUGCCAUUCAAUCCGGCUUACUUCAACGGCCCACCGCCGGGUUUUCUUCCACCAGCUAUGAGUCCUUUUUCAGCGGAGGGCAUGCCGGCAUUUCCUUUCGAUGGUCGUGGGCCGCCUCCUCCGCAAGGUGCAUUCAGACGGCAAUAG